AGGGUACAUCGCAUUCGCAUUCGCAUUCGCAUUCGCAUUCGCAUUCGCAUUCGCAUAUAUAGUAGAACAGUGAAGCACUUGUUUUAGUAAUAUAUAUCAGUAAAUAUUAUUGUAGGGAAGUGAAAAAUGGCUAAUAAUGGUGCACCACCAUCACAUAGGCAGAUGGCGAGGGGUGACCGUCGGAUGUUUGCUGCAUCGGAUGACAGUACAAUGCUGAAGCAAAUACAAGGAACUCAUGCUCCUGAUGGCCGUGAUGUUGAUGUCAGGCCAAUACUUGACAUCAUUGAGGAUGUCUUUAAGCGCGCUGCCCCAAGCAUUCAAGGUGCACAUAUCGAUUCCUUAGACGAUCAUAACAGUGGAGCUCACAUGGAUACAUAUGGGAUGCUUGAAGCUUUAGCUUUUAUCAUUCAAAAAGUCUCUUGUGAGAUAACAUGUAAAUGCUCUGGAGGAGGAGAUGCACACGCAACAACAAUGUCACUCCUUAAUUUACUCUCAAACUAUUCAUGGGAUGCAAAGGUAGCCAUAUCCCUCGCAGCACUAGCAAUAUCCUAUGGAGAGUUUGGACUUGUGGUUCAACUAUUCACCACUCACCCUUUAGCCAAGUCUGUGGCUGUACUUAAGCAACUACCUGACUUAAUGGAGCACUCUGAUGCACUGAAAUCCCGGUUUGAAGCUCUGAAUGUUCUCAUUGGUGCAAUGUUGGAUGUGACCAAGAGGAUUAUGGAGUUCAGGCAUCUGCCUCAUCAGUAUAUCUCGCCUGAACAACCGCCUUUAUCUGUUGCUAUGACACAUAUUCCAACUGCUGCUUACUGGACUAUUAGGAGUGUUGUUGCUUGUGCUACACAGAUUGCAAGCCUUAUUGGCAUGAGCUAUGAGUAUGUUACAUCAACCACAGAAGCAUGGGAGCUAUCAAGCCUGGCUCAUAAGGAAAGGAACAUCCAUGAUCACCUUAUGCAACAACUUGCUCUUUGCUAUCAGCAUAUUGAUGAUAAGAAACACGUAGAGGCAUACAACAAUCUUGUACGUGUCUUCGAUUUACCCCAAGCUGAAAACUCGAGGAUCUUAAGGCAUUUGAUAUACAUGAAGGAUGAUAUGCUGCCUCUUGUCGAAAACUCCACCAAAACAAGGGUUCAUGUUGAAGCCCUCAGGAGGAAAACAGUACUGUUACUAAUUUCAGACCUUGAUGUCUCCCAAGAAGAGUUGAUGAUUAUAGACCAUAUUUACAGAGAAUCAAGGAUGAGGCAAGAGUUGCAGUACGAAAUUGUGUGGAUUCCUAUGAUAGACAACACCGUCCCUUGGACUGAUGCACAUCAGGUUAAGUUCGAGCAGCUUCAGUCCAUGAUGUCAUGGUAUACUCUGCACCACCCUAAAAUAUUGGAGCCAGCUGCUGUAAGGUAUAUUAAGGAGGUAUGGAAGUUUGCUAAACGGAUGAUCCUUGUCUCGCUUGACCCUCAAGGGAAAUUGGCAUGCCCAAAUGCCCUUUACAUGUUCUUGAUUUGGGGAAAUAUGGCCUUCCCUUUUACUACUAUGAAGGAAGAAGCUCUUUGGAGAGAUGAGACUUGGAGUCUUGAGCUUUUUGUGGAUGCCAUUGAUACUCGAAUCCUAGAUUGGAUUCCACAAGGAAAAUACAUAUGUGUGUAUGGAGGGGAAGACAUGGAUUGGAUAAAGAGAUUCACUGAAACAGCAAAAGAAGUAGCAGCAGCUGCAGGAAUCGAUCUAGAGCUAGUAUAUGUAGGAAAAAGCAAUGCAAAAGAGCGUGUCAGAAAAAUCACAGCAACCAUAAGCAAAGAUGGACUUAGUCAUUUCUUGCCAGAGUUGACCUCAAUGUGGUACUUCUGGACUAGGCUAGAGUGCAUGCUGUACUCAAAAAUGCAACACGGGAAGAACGUGGAAAACGACCUGAUAAUGCAAGAAGUAAUGACAGUGCUUAGCUUUGAUGGAAGUGAUCAAGGGUGGGCUACAAUGUGGUUCGGAUCAAAUGAGAUGGCUAGAGCUAAAGGUGACACAAUAUUAGAGUGUGUGCUAACAUAUCAAGAGUGGGAGGAAAGUGCAAGGAUUAAAGGGUUUGUGCCUGCUUUAAAGGAACACUUGCAGCAGCUUCAUACACCACAUCACUGUAAUAGGCUUAUACUUCCUGGGAUUGAAGGUGGAAUUCCUGAGAAAGUGGUGUGUGCUGAAUGUGGAAGACCGAUGGAGAAGUACUUCAUGUACCGAUGCUGCACUGAUUAGCCUGUGCUCCUAUAUAUGUAACUCGGAAUUAUUCGAUCAGUUGAUUCAAUUUUUUCUUAGGGAGGGGCUGCUGUAUAGUAGCUACACUCGCGAGUGCCAGGAAUUUGCGAUGUUAUAUGAAUGGUUAUUGAGUUUUAGAUCUUUGCAAAAGUCUGUUAAAAAGUGUGAUCAUGUAAUGGAGUAGUAAGGGGUUAAGAUUGUUUAUUUUAGUGACAAAAGAUGUUCUUUUUCCUAAUUCAAGUUUUUCACUACCA